AGAAAAAGAGUACGGACAAAUGUAGGCAGAACAGACAGAAGUCCAAUAAAUGUGACUUGGCAGCCACUGCUUUAAUAGUGGGAAGAUUAUUUUUAUUCCUGUCAAUUUAAUGGAGAGAGGGUAUUGUUUAUAACUGUUUUCUAUUCAAGAAGGUUGCAGAAAUGGGAAAUUAACAACUUCAUCCUCUACUAACACACAGCAAAAUUUUGUCCUGAUGUAACUACUUCUGGGGUUACUUCAAUGUUCUUAAGGCACUAAGAUAUCUUCCUCUAAAUGUGUGUACACCCAGGACCAGUGGAGGUAGGACUGCAGGAGGCAGCGGGCCCACAGUCAGAGUCUCAAAGAACACCGUGACAGCAAAAAGUAUGAAGUAAACAGACAGUCUAGUCAUUUUAGCUGGAAUAUUUAGUUACAGACCUAACAUUUCGCUUUCAUCCUACAUGCUAUUUAGAAGAGAGAAUCUGUUCAAAGUACAACAUUAAAGAUGUCUAAAUAUAGUCAAAUUAAUAAUUGACAUGAUAAUCUUCAUUAGCAGAUAUUUGCAUCUACCCAGCACAAGAGUUUUCAGUUUACACACAUCACAUCACACUCAUCGCAUUAAAUUCACAUUCACCCUGCAGACAAAACAGCACUAACUGAAAGGCACAGGCACGGCUGCACAGGUUGCAGUACAACACGAUUUCAGACUGCUCGCAACGUCUCCCUGCAGGACGGCUGCUGCCUUGAGCAGGCACUAACCCACCUCUCAGGUGAAUCACUGUCUGCGUCCUGGGUGCUCGAGCUGCUCUGGAGCCAGGAAGUGAGCGGGGAGCGCGCGCUCGCCUACCCUGGCAUGUGAGUCAUUCCCGGGAAUGAGAGAGCCAGUUGCUCCAGUUGCUCCUGGCCAGGGGAAUUUUGCCUCUCUGAUCAGUUUCAAGAUGCACUCUGGAGGAGUCUAAGGCACUUUCGAGAUGCAGCUAAGAGGCAAAUGGAAGGCGACAAUGGUGACAGAAUGCGGAGCUGACACAGCCCCUGCUGACUCCAGGACCUGCGGCCGCCAGUGGGACUCCUGAGAGGUGUUCCAGCUGACGACCUACAGCACCGCAAAUAAUGGGGUACAAUUUGUCCUAUGGAAAACUGCCAGCUCCUAUAGAUGACCAUCUGAGCCAAGACGACAAUACCUCAUCGAAUCACACAACAGGCUUCCUUGGGAACUCCACGCAGAACGAAUUCACGACCAUUGUUCUGCCUGUGCUUUACCUCGUCAUUUUCUUGGCAAGCAUCCUGCUGAACGGCCUAGCAGUAUGGAUUUUCUUCCACAUCAGAAAUAAAACAAGUUUUAUAUUUUACCUCAAAAACAUCGUGGUUGCAGACCUCCUUAUGACACUGACGUUCCCAUUUAAGAUAAUUCAGGACUCCCAGCUGGGACCAUGGCACUUCAACUCGUUCCUAUGCCGAUACACCACGGUUUUAUUUUACGCCAACAUGUACACCACAAUUGUGUUCCUCGGACUCAUCAGUAUUGACAGGUAUCUGAAAGUAGUGAAGCCCUUUGGAGACUCCAGGAUGUACAGCAUCACCUUCACUAAGAUCUUAUCUGCCUGUGUGUGGGUAGUUAUGGCUUUCCUAGCUUUGCCAAAUCUGAUUCUUACAAAUGGCUACCCGACCAAGAAAAACAUAGAUGACUGCAUAAAACUUAAAUCACCCCUGGGAGUCAAAUGGCAUACAGCUGUCAUUUACAUCAAUACCUGCAUGUUUGUAGUGGUCCUGAUAGUACUAAUAGGAUGUUAUAUUGCAAUCUCCAGGUACAUUUAUAAAUCAAGCAAGCAAUUCAUUAGCUCAUCAAGCAGAAAGCGAAAGCAUAAUCAAAGUAUAAGGGUUGUAGUGGCUGUAUUUUUCACUUGUUUUCUGCCGUACCAUUUGUGCAGAAUACCCUUUACUUUUAGUCAUCUAGACAAGCUGCUAGAUGACUCUGCACAUAAAAUCUUGUAUUAUUGUAAGGAAAUGACGCUGUUCCUCUCUGCAUGCAAUGUUUGUCUGGAUCCAAUAAUUUACUUUUUCAUGUGUAGAUCAUUCUCCCGAAGGCUGUUCAGAAAAUCAAAUAUGAGAACAAGGAGCGAGAGCAUUAGGUCACUUCAGAGCGUCAGACGGUCAGAAGUGCGCAUAUACCAUGAAUACACCGAUGUCUGAAGUCACCCACACAGAGACUUUUGCUAAUUUCUGAGAGUAUUUGUAUAGCAUGUAAAUAAAAUGUAUCUUUGAGUAUCUGACCAUGGAUGUUCAUUAAGAAAUGUGCAGACAUGUACAGCUUUUUCAUUUCAGCUUACUAACAUCUAUCUUGAAUGUCCAAAGCCUGGAUUCACACAGAGAUCAGGUUCA